GCAACCCUGCUCAACGUUGACAUUGCUGUUCAACAUGGCCGCGGCCGCUGCCGCUGCAUGCCGUCUUUCUGCAAUUUGCAGACAAUUUCAGCGCGUUAUUAAAAUAUCUUCACCCGUAAGCGCUCAGCUUUCCUCACAGGCCUUGGCCAGCUAUCCAUCCUGCCUGCAGAGGCAAAAUGACCUUUUUCGGUUCAGCCGUCCCUCACAGUGUCGACUUCUCCAUACAUCCUCCAGCAGAUGGGGCCUUGAGGAGUUCUUUGACUUGCCUGAGAACUGGGGAGAGACCACUGUUAAAUCAGGUGCUCCAUGGACUGCGAAACAGCUCAGGGCGAAAAGUAAUGAAGAUUUGCACAAGCUAUGGUAUGUUCUUCUAAAGGAAAAGAACAUGUUGUUUACAAUAGAACAAGAAGCUAAACGACAGCGUGUUCAGAUGCCCAGUCCAGAACGCAUCAAGAAGGUUGAAAGAUCUAUGCGGAGGCUUGACACUGUUGUUAAAGAGAGGGAAGAUGCUCUCCGCUUACUACAGACAGGACAGGAGAAAGGGAGACCGGGAGAAUGGAGGAGAAAUGUUUUUGGCAAAACAUUCUGGUACCGCUUUAGAGAACAUCCUAUUCCUUGGUACAUGAACAGGAGAUACAAGAGAAAACGUUUCUAUACACCUCCAUUUGUUGCUCCUUACACAAGACUGAGUCUUGAGAAACACCUGCGGAAUAAAGCACGGAGAGAAGCAAGGGAGAAAAGAAAGCAACAGAGGCUGUCGGAGAUGUUUCCCAAAAACACUGCCAAAGCCUGAGGUGAUCAAGGCAAAAGCCAGUGUCUUCUGCAGCUCAGCUGACAUCCUUGCAUAUCUUAAACCAUUUCAUAUUAGGGCUCAUUGCCCUUUAGAGUGCAGCGUUACUCUUGUCAUAUAACUGCAAACGUAAAGAUAGGUGUGCAGUUCAUCAAUGAAGAUAAAGGUUUAACUGGGCAAAGCAUUGAAUUACUAAAUGUUCAGGUUGUGUGUCUGUACUGCUUUUAUAAAGUUAUUGAUGGCUAAAAUAAAAACUUAAGCUUGUGUUUUAGUAUUGUACAUGCAUGUUCCCUAAUUUGGAGCGACUGUUUGUUUAUUGUUGUAGUGACCCCUCAAUAACACAAACUUGUAACAAAAAACUUUAUUUUCAAAACAGCCGAUCAAUAAUUAAAAGAAUAACAAAAUUUGCCACGGAA